CGUUUUAUUACAGAUUACUACAGUAUGUAUUGUCCUUUUUGUGGAUUCGACCUACAUGCUGAAACAGCAUUCUGCAGUUCAUGUGGCAAGAACAUCACAUUUCUGCAUGAUGCUGCUAAGCCUGGCACAAGUGAAGAUUUCAGUUGGUAUUAUGUGCAUAAAGGAUGGAGUGCUGAAACCUGUCAGAGGAAUGGUACUACCCCUUGUAGUGCAACCAGGGUCGGCUGCAGAGCAAUUGCGCAAAGCAGCUGUACAGAAAAUGAAAGAUUUUAACCGAAAUGUAGAGGCUGGUCCCUACCUUCUGCUCUACCCUGAUGGUACAAAAGUAAUUAAUAUUCCUGGGACAGAAACAGCCUUCUCUCUGAAACUCUACAAGGAUGCAGUUGGGAAGGCUUGGCAACGCCUCACAUUGUACUUUUGUACGGUGGAAGAUUUCCUUACUAAUUCUGAGCAAUUCAACUCAGACUCGUCUGAUUCAGAGGUGAUCCUUACAAGCAGAAGUGCUGCUGAAUUCAAUUCAGCUGAUACAGUACUAUUUAAACCAAUCUUGACCAGUACCAGUAUUGGUGUUGAAGAAACUCCACACCUUGAUCCAGAAACUAUGAUCUUACUUUCCGAAGCAGAAGACUGCCCAGGAACGUCAGGAAGUGCAAUGGAAACUACAUUUUAUAGCAAAUACACAGAACUGUAUGCACCCAUUAUAGCAGAGGAUUCAGAGGACUCAGGAGACAGUGAUGCUGUCACUCCAGAUAUUUCAGAGGAUGCAGCAUAAGAAAUCAAGUCACCCUUACUACAACUGUUGUUUUUUUCUGGUUAAAUGUGUCUUCCACCAAGUAUCAUUACAUUCAUCAUCAUCUAUUUGUUGGUAGGGUAGAAAAGCAAUCUAUUUCAGAAGUGAUUGCAAACCUGGCACUCCAGAUUGAUCGCCACGCCGUCAGCAGAU